AGUCGGUGCUUCUCCUUUCACUCAAAAAGUUGAUUCUUUUCGGCUGCCGAACGCUUCGGUUCCUCCUCCCAAUCUCCAUCCAUGGCGUCCGCCGACGGCAUCACGUCGUCGUACGUUGGCUUCAGCCUCCGCCGGUUGCUCUUCAACCCCUCGUCCUCGUCCGAGACCUACGCCGCGGCGGCCGCCGCCGCCGAACGCAACCCCUUGAUCGGCGCGACUCGCGUUCCGCCGCAGUCGCCGCCGAGAAUGAAGAGAGGGAUUGUGGCGUCAGCCUUCCGCGGGCUUGGAUGUGCGUCGGAGUCGGCAUCGCGAGCUUAUUCUCCGGCCGCCGCCGCCGUGAGGUCGUCGGCGGAUUGGCAAGGGAGGCAGCCGCGGCAGCAGCGGCGGAAAAAUAAGGACAGGAAGUGCCAGGUCGGAGGCGACGUUUGGUGCACCCCUGGGAUACCGUUCGCCGCGGAGGCGUCAGUGGACUGCGUGGUAGCUCACCAGCCGAUGGUUGGAAGAGGAAAACCGGAGUCAAACGAGCGGAUUAAUAGAGAGCGAGCUUACGUUCCCAGAAGGGUCAGCCACCAAGAACAAAUCUCAUCCUCCAUGGAUUCUCCCUCAAAUAAUGACACAUCAUUCUUUGCACCUGAACUUCUGCGAUCAAGGCCCCUGCGCCACUUCCGAGGGCAUUAUCGAACUCCAGAUGGACUUGAGGAGAUCAUGAUGUUCCAUACCAGGGUUUUGCUAGGCGGAGGAAUGGAAAUGCACGACAGAUUUCGCGAUUGGCGGCUGGAUGUCGACGAUAUGUCAUACGAGGAACUUCUUGAGCUGGGUGACAAAAUCGGCCAUGUGAGCACUGGACUGAGGGAGGAGGAGAUUCUACGCAGUCUCAAGAAAGGCAAGGAUUCAGCCUUCGAUUCUUCGGUAUGGCAUCACUCGACUGAAGUAGAAUCAAAGUGCAGCAUUUGUCAAGAAGAAUACAGAAUGAGUCGCGAGACAGGAAGGCUGGAGUGUGGCCAUAGUUACCAUAUGCAUUGUAUUAAGCAAUGGCUUCUGCUUAAAAAUGCUUGCCCUGUCUGCAAAACUCCAGUUCUUAAAACCUAGAAGCCAAAAUCCUCCCAAACCCUGUUCUUCCUUGUAUAGAGCUUCAGCCGGAGGAUAAACCAGUGAUUUUUGUAUGUGGUCUAGUUACAUUUGCUAGAAGAAGAUGUUGCAGGGCAACUAGCCCUUGCAAAAGCAUUUAUUUAUAUCUGAAACAAAUGAAAUUAGCUGCUAAUCAACAAUAUUUUCUUUCCUCUCUUGUCUUCUCCAUUGCUCCCCUCUCACCACAAGUAAACAGGUUGAAACUCGGAUAAAAAGUCCAUUUGUUGCCUUUGUUUUUGUACUCGGAUGAAAUAAUUUCUGGAAAUGAAGGGUGUUUUUUAUAAA